AUGACGGGGAAUUUUUCCUGCGGGGACGGGGAUGGGGGACAAAAUUCCCCCGAAGCAAAUGCGGGGACCCGAGCGGGGAUCCCCGUCCCCGUCCCCAGAGCGCCGCAACCUCCUACUUUCGAGUUCCCAGUUAACCCUAACUCUCCUUCGUCUCUGCAUUCUCUCCGUCGUCCCAGGCUCCCAGCCAGCAACCUCCGACCACCAUCGUCACGGCCUCGUCACUGUCCGUUUCAGCCGGCCCAGACUGCAUCAUCACCGCACCGCCCCGUGCGCCCUGUUCCGUUUGCUCUCUUCCCGUCGUUCGCCGCUCUUCUCGUCACCAGCGUUUCUGACCUCUUCAGCCGUUUCUCUCUUAUCCAUGGAAUAUGUUCUGCUGCAAGAACACUCCUCACGCUCGGUGUAGAAGACCAACAACUCAAUGAUCAUGGAAUCAUCCAUGGUGAUGAUAUUGCUGUGGAUCUACACUAUAGGUGCCAUAAACAUCGUGGAUGUAGGAGACCUUAUUAUGGCGGCGGAGAUGGUGGAAACGGCGGAAAUGGUGGAAACGGUGGAGGAGGUGGAAAUGGUGGGUAUAAUAAUGGCGAUGGUGGAAACGGUGGACAUGGUGGAAACGGCGGAAACGGUGGACAGGGUGGAAACGGCGGAGGCAGCAGAAAUUGUGGAAACGGUGGACAUGGUGGAAAUGGUGGAGGUGGUGGAAACGGCGGGUAUAACGGAGAUGGUGGAAAUGGUGGAGGUGGUGGGAAUGGUGGGUUUAAUGGUGAUGGUGGGAAUGGUGGAAAAGGUGGAAGUGGUGGGUUUAAUGGAGAUGGUGGAGACGGCGGAAUCGGUGGAAAUGGUGGGUUUAAUGGAGACGGUGGUAAUGGCGGAAGUGGCGGAAGCGGUGGAAAAUUCGGAGAUGGUGGAAAUGGUGGAAAAGGUGGAAGUGGUGGCUUUAAUGGGGAUGGUGGAGACGGCGGAAUUGGUGGAAACGGUGGGUUUAAUGGAGACGGUGGUAAUGGUGGAACUGGCGGAAGCGGUGGCAAAUUCGGAGAUGGUGGAGAUGGUGGAAAAGGUGGAAGUGGUGGGUUUAAUGGAGAUGGCGGAAACGGUGGAACCGGUGGAGGCGGUGGGGUUAAUGGAGAUGGUGGCAAUGGUGGAGGGGUGGAAAUGGCGGGGUUAAUGGAGAUGGGGGAAAUGGUGGAGGGGGUGGAAAUGGUGGGGUUAAUGGAGAUGGCGGAGACGGUGGAAAUGGUGGAAGUGGUGGUGUAG